AUGGACCCUUUUCGCCCCGCAAAGCGGGUUGCAGGGCAGAAACAAGAUGUCUGGUCGAUUGUUAAUGAAGCUGCUGCCGCUUCGCCUGUCCAACCUAUUGUAAACAUGGGCCAAGGGUUUUUUGGCUACAACCCCCCUAAAUUCGUUAUUGAUGCGGCAAAAGAUGCCCUAGACAAGGUCGAAUGCAAUCAAUAUGCUCCUACAAAGGGCAACCCGCGGCUCAAGAAAGCCAUUGCCAAUGCGUAUUCUCCUUUCUUUGGCCGGGAACUAAACCCUGACACUGAGGUGACCAUCACAACUGGUGCCAAUGAAGGAAUGCUAAGUGCAUUUAUGGCGUUUAUUGAACCAGGAGAUGAAGUCAUCAUUUUUGAACCAUUCUUUGAUCAAUACAUAAGCAAUAUUGAGAUGCCAGGAGGGACUAUAAGAUAUGUGCCUUUACAUCCCCCUGAAGAUGGUGCAACAAGAACAUCUUCUGCUUCGCAAUGGAAGAUAGAUUUCGACGAGCUGGAGAGAACCAUUACCCCCAAAACCAGAAUGAUUGUAAGUUCGAUGUUGCACAAUCCAGUGGGGAAAGUUUUCUCGCGCGAAGAACUCGAAAAGAUAGCUGCGCUUUGUGUUAAGAAUAAUAUUAUUAUUCUCUCUGAUGAGGUUUAUGAUCGCCUCUACUAUGUCCCAUUUACGCGCAUAGCUACGCUGUCUCCCGAGGUUGCAGCUCUCACACUCACUGUCGGGUCGAUCGGGAAGAAUUUCUAUGCAACUGGGUGGAGAGUUGGUUACCUUAUUGGCCUCGAGCAUAUGAUAAAAUAUGUUGCGGCUGCACAUACUAGAAUCUGCUACAGUACCGUUGCGCCUUUGCAAGCAGCUGCAGCAGUUGGUUUCGAGAAGGCGGAUCAAGUUGGAUUUUGGGACCAAAGCAGAGCGGAGAUGCGAGCAAAAAUGGACAAGUUCUGUGAAGUAUUCGAUGAGCUUGGCAUUCCUUAUUCUGACCCAGAAGGCGGCUAUUUCGUCCUUGCAAAUAUGGCUGCUAUUAAGCUUCCGGAGAAUUACUCGUUCCCUCCCCACGUUGCAAGUCGUCCUCGCGAUUUCAAAUUGGCCUGGUUUCUUAUCCAAGAGGUCGGGGUUGCAGCAAUUCCGCCCACAGAGUUCUACACGGACACGAAUGCACAUAUUGCUGAAAACUAUCUGCGGUUUGCCGUCUGCAAAAACGAUGAUGUUUUGGAGACUGCGAAGGAGCGUUUGCGUAAACUGAGGAAGUACAUUGUCCGCUAA